AUGCAUCUUAACUAUCCUCUUCUUUACACCCUCCUACCAUGCCUCUACUUCCUAACAUCCCUAAUAAAAAACCACAAGAAAAACUCCACGUCAUCAUCACCACCGCCAGCUCCCUCGGCCGCCGGCGGGUGGCCAAUCGUCGGCCACCUCUACCACCUCGGCGGAGCCGGGAAGCUCCUCCACAGCACUCUCGGCUCCAUGGCCGACGCAAACGGACCAGCUUUCACCGUCCGGCUAGGCCACCUCCGCUACUUCGUCGUCAGCUCCGCCGACGUGGCCAGAGAGUGCUUCACCACAAACGACAGGUCCAUCGGCUCCCGCUCUCGCUCCACCGCAACGAAGCACAUGUGCUACAACGACGCCGCUUUCGGGUUCGCCCCUUCGACUCCGCACUUGCGGGAGAUGCGGAAGGUCUUCGUCGUAGAGCUACUCUCCAACCGCCGCCUCGGCCUGUUGAUGGAGAGUGGAGACCGUGACGGCGGAGCUCGAUGCGGGCAUCGAAAAGCUCUACGAACGUUUGAAGGGCUUUCAGUUUGUACAGUCUCUGAUCACGGGCGGCUCGGACACUUCCUCCCUCACACUAUCAUGGGCGAUCUCAUCUCCCUGAUGCUCAACAACCCUACCGUGCUAAACAAGGCACAGAACGAGCUCGACAUUCAAGUCGGUCGCGAUCGACGAGUCAACGGAUCAGACCUAAAGAAUCUCGUGUACAUCCAAUCCAUCAUCAAAGAAACCCUGCGACUCUACCCAGUUGCUCCUCCCUCCGGGCUAAGGGAGGCACUGGAAGACUGCACCGUCGGCGGCUACUUCGUCCCCGCCGGCACUCGAGUGAUCAUCAAUGCAUGGAAAAUCCAGAGAGAUCCCGAAUUCUGGCCCGACCCGUUGGCUUUCGAACCGGAAAGAUUCCUCACGGCGACCCACGGCCAUGUGGACGUCAAAGAUCAGAAUUUUGAGCUGAUUCCGUUCGGUUCGGGGAGGAGAGUCUGCCCUGGUGUGACGCUGUCCAUGCAAACGCUGGUUCUUGUGCUGGCUAGACUGAAUGAAAAAGAUGAAGAAAUGAUCAGUGGGGUUACAGUGAGUGGGAGACUGUCGAAUCCUACCAUGUCAAAAAAAGAUCUUCUGAAUCUCCAAUGCGUAAGCAAUUUGAAAAGGAUGUUCAUGAGAGUUGAUACCAACUAUUCUCAAUCAAUCAAUUGGCAUUUCCAAACCCAUAAAUUCAAACCAACAGAAGAAGAAAGACUUACUUGCUCUGCUGUUCAACCUGCUGCAAUGAAUCUCAUCCCUCCAUUCAUGAACGCUGGAACUCUAAUACUUGCCCUUGUUCUUUUUCUUUCUUAUUACUCUCUCUUCUUGAGGAGACCCAAAUCAGGAAAAGGCAAGCAGGUCCCAGAAGCAGGGCGAUCCUGGCCUGUUAUAGGUCACCUCUUUUCCCUGGCGGGAACUGAGCUUCCCCACUUGAAAUUUGCAGCCUUGGCAGACAAAUACGGGCCAAUUUUCAUGGUCAGGAUCGGUUUGUUCCCAACUCUGGUGGUCAGCACUUCCGAACUGGCCAAGGAACUCUUCACCACCCACGAUGCAGCCGUAUCGUCGCGCCCCGAUCUCACUGCCUCGACGAUUCUGAGCAACAACCGAGCCGACUUUUCAUUUACCCCGUACGGUGAAUAUUGGCGACAGAUGAGGAAAAUCACAGCCCUGGAGCUGCUCUCCAGUCGCAGGAUCGAGCUGCUGAAACAUGUCAGGACUUCUGAAGUGGAAGGGACCAUGAAGAGUCUCUACAAGCUGUGGGAGAAGAGCAACAACAGAAGUGAAGGCGGGAAGGACAGAGUCCGUGUUCAGAUGAACAAGGUGUUUGGGGAUAUGAAUUUGAAUAUUAUGCUCCGGAUGGUUGUAGGGAAGAGGUACCUUGGCAUGCAUGCUGCAGAGGACGACGAGCAGCGAGAGGCUGAGAGAUGCAAGAAGCUAAUGAGAGACUUCUUUCGUUAUGCAGGGCAGCUUGUUGUGAGAGAUUUGUUUCCAUUUCUUGGGUUUCUGGACAUAGGAGGACAUGAGAAGAUCAUAAAGAAACUCCAUGUAGAAUUGGACAAAAUUGCUGAAGAAUGGAUCGAGGAACAUCGUAGCAAGAGGAGAACCACUUCCUGUGCUGAUGAUGAACAAAAAGACUUCAUAGAUGUGUUGCUCUCUGUCCUGAAAGAUGCAGACCUUGCUGGAUAUGAUCCACAUACAGUUUGCAAAUCCACAAUCAUGGCACUGAUUGCUGGAGGAACUGAUACAACAACCGGGACUAUAAUCUGGGCCCUUUCCAUACUUCUGAACCAUCCAAGUAGCUUGAAAAAGGUGGUAGAAGAACUCGACAUGAUCGUUGGCAAAGAAAGAGUGCUGGAUGAAUCAGACAUUGACAAGCUUCCCUAUUUUCAAGCCAUGAUGAAGGAGGUAAUGAGGUUGUACCCAACGGGUCCCUGUGGAGCCCCCCGGGAAUUCUCCAAGGACUGCAUUGUAGCUGGGUACCAUGUACCAGUCGGGACUCGGCUUUUGGUGAAUAUCCACAAAGUGCAAAGGGAUCCAAAGGUGUGGCCACAGCCAUUGGAGUUCAAGCCGGAGAGGUUUCUUAUGACACGGUACAAGGAUGUUGAUGUGAAGGGGCAGCAUUUCGAGCUCAUCCCAUUUGGUGCUGGAAGAAGAUCAUGCCCUGGAAUCAACUUCGGCAUUCAAAUGACUCACUUGGCUCUCGCAAGAUUCCUGCAAGCGUUUGAUAUCUACAAACCAUCAGAUGCACCAGUCAAUAUGACUGCUGCACCCGGGCUGACUGUCAGCAAAGCCAUCCCACUCGAAGUAUAA